AGGCCUUCAUCUCAAAAUAGUAAGCAACUAAAAUUACACUCUCAAUUUGUGAACGGCGCCCAUUAACCGGCAGGCAUGAGCGUCGUCUUGGCCGGCCAGUACAUACGUUGAAACAGAAGAAGAAACAAAAUACACGAAAACGAAACAAAGCAAAACAGAACAAGCCCCAAACCGGAAACUCAUCAGAAACACCAACAACAACAACAACAACGAUGAUACUCCAAAAUUCCAAACUCCAAAUGCCGCUAGUUUUCACCAUCCUACUGAUCUCCCAUCUCAUCAUCAUCUCAACCGCCACCGCCCAACAACCCCAAAACCAAGACCAUCAGCUGGGUGGUGCCUCCACCGCAAAUGUCCACCCAUUCCACGCAUCACUGAGCCGAGAAUUUCUUGACGCGCACAACAAGGUCCGCGCACACGCCGGUGAACCCCUCUUCACCUGGGACAAUCACCUGGCACGGUACGCCCGCCGGUACGCAAGCCUCCGAUCCCAGGACUGCCAAAUGGUGCAUUCAUCGGGUCCCUACGGUGAGAACAUCUUCUGGGGCGCCACCAACCACUGGACUCCCACCGACGCUGUCCGCGCCUGGACCCACGAGCACAGGUUCUACGAUCGGACCGCCAACACCUGCGAAUCCGGAAGGGUGUGCGGUCAUUACACGCAGAUCGUGUGGAGGGACAGCACCAGAUUGGGGUGCGCAUACGCCCGGUGCCUCAACGGCGGCGUUUUUGUUGUUUGCACCUACGAUCCGCCAGGGAAUUACGUCAACGAGCGCCCAUUUGGGGAUGGCUCGGAUGGCGAUAAUUGAGGUGUCCAAUGUUUUCUGCGACGAUCGCCGGCAGAAGCUUAAUGGCAUCUUAAUUAGCUCAAAUUUUUGUCUCUAACCUCUUGGAAUUUUUCGAGAAGUUUAUUACAGUUUAUCAAAAUAACGGUCUAGUGCGUCCCUACUAUAUUUUCUUUUAGGAAAUAUCAGAGGUCUCUUUUUGUUGAACUUCGCAUAUUUCAGGUUUGGUUUAAUUUUAUUUUUAUUUUUUAGAAGUGCAUAUUGUUUAGUGAGAAAAGGAUUAAUAUUUGAAUUUGAAUGUCCACACGUUUGCGGCGGGUUAUGAGAAACCUAACCGAAACGUGAUUCCUUGUUAAAUGGAAUGCACAAAUUCUUUUCUUUC